CGAUGAUUAUCUUUACGUAGAAAAAAAAUCAUGUCUUGAUAAUUGAUAUAGGAACUUCACUCAACUACAUGAGGUUUAAGCCCAUAUCUAAAAACCCAAAUGCAACAAACCCAUUUUCUUUCGGCCCUGCUCUUCAUAGCAUCUAUAUUUACUUCCACUCAAAAACCUAUUUCUCCUUGCCCAAAACCCUAGCCUCCCCAUUCCUCUCUGCACUCCGAUCUCGCAGAAAUGGCCGCCGCUCGUCCCCUCGUCACCGUUCAAUCCCUGGAGUCCGACAUGGCCACCGACAGUGCUGGGAUUCCUCUUCCCCAAGUCAUGAAGGCUUCUAUCAGGCCCGAUAUCGUCAAUUUCGUUCACUCCAAUAUCUCCAAAAACUCCCGUCAACCCUACGCCGUUUCCCGAAAGGCCGGCCACCAGACCUCCGCCGAGUCAUGGGGUACUGGACGUGCAGUAUCCCGUAUUCCUCGUGUUCCUGGUGGCGGAACUCACCGUGCCGGACAAGGAGCUUUCGGUAACAUGUGUCGUGGUGGACGCAUGUUCGCACCGACCAGGAUCUGGCGCCGCUGGCACAGGAAGAUCAAUGUCAACCAGAAGAGGUACGCUGUGGUUUCAGCCAUCGCUGCUUCUGCUGUGCCGUCGCUCGUGAUGGCUCGUGGUCACCGUAUUGAGUCGGUGCCUGAGCUUCCUUUGGUUGUUAGCGACUCCGCAGAGGGCGUUGAGAAGACUCAGAACGCUAUCAAGGUUUUGAAGCAGAUCGGCGCUUAUGCUGAUGCGGAGAAAGCCAAGGAUUCAGUUGGUAUUCGUCCCGGAAAGGGAAAAAUGAGGAACCGCAGGUACAUUUCUCGUAAAGGACCAUUGAUUGUGUACGGCACUGAAGGUGCCAAGCUUGUGAAGGCUUUUAGGAACAUUCCUGGAGUGGAAAUCGCGAAUGUUGAGAGGUUGAAUUUGUUGAAGCUUGCUCCUGGUGGACAUCUUGGAAGAUUCAUCAUCUGGACAAAAUCUGCUUUUGAAAAGUUGGAUUCCAUCUACGGAUCAUUUGAUAAGACAAGUGAGAAGAAGAGGGGUUAUGUUUUGCCGAGGGCAAAGAUGGAGAAUGCUGAUCUAGCUCGGAUAAUCAAUUCUGAUGAAGUUCAGUCUGUGGUUAAGCCGAUCAAGAAGGAGGUAAAGAGGGCUCCAAUGAAGAAGAACCCAUUGAAGAACUUGAAUACUAUGCUGAGGUUGAACCCCUACGCCAAGACUGCCAAGAGGAUGGCUGUGCUUGCUGAGGAACAGAGGAAGAAGGCUAAGAAGGAAAAGCUUGACGCCAAGAGGCAACCCAUUUCCAAGGAGGAAACUGCCAAAAUCAAGGCAGCUAGCAAAUCAUGGUACAAGACAAUGAUUUCAGACAGUGACUAUGCUGAGUUUGAUGUUUUCACCAAGUGGCUUGGAGUUUCACAGUAAUCCUUCUUCUUCCCUCAUAUGUGUUAGGUUUUUAAGAUAAGUUUAUAAAGAACCAUUUGUUUUGUGUUGUUUUUUUUGAUAAGAUUGGAUUUUUAUGGGUUUAAUUUUGCAACAAGUUUUGUUGUGUGAUGGAGUUAUGGUUAUGGUUGGAACUUUAAUCUUAAUCUAUGUCAUAUUUAUGUUUGGUUUACUCCUAAAUGCUGCAUUUGAACAAGAUCUUUUUAACUGGAUAGCUAUGUAUAAUCGAAAAAGCAUUUUCAAUCUAAUUUGUAAAACGUUUUGUUUUUAUGAACGAAGCCUACUUUUUUAACUAAUAAGAGGUGCACAAAGCCACUACGCUACUAUAUUGGGAUUGCUUUGGCUAAACUUUAGCUUUUAUUUUAUUUUUAAAAAAUAAACUUUAAGUUGAGAAGCUUUGGUGCGAAUAAUGCUUUUGAGUUCACCCCUUUAUAAUUGAGUGAUAAUGUG